AUGAACAAUCAACUUCCUAAAGUGGUGCCUGCUCGACGUGCAGCGGAACAAGUGGAUUCAGCUCUCGAGAAAACUACGAAGAAAAACACAAAAAAAUCUAAACACGAUCCAUCACUCGACCUCACUCAUGCUACCUCAAGUAAAGGCAAAUCCAAAGUCGUCAAUAGCAAAAGCGAACUCGGUCAAGCCAUACAUCUCCCAGCUGAUCCUUCUUCCCUGACUCCUUCUCAGCAACGAGCCCUUGAAAGAGUAGAAGCGUAUGAUCAGAUGACUACUGGUAUGAAUGCUUCGCAACUUGCCCUAAUGUACUCCGCCAAACACGUGGCGAUUUCCGCAGAACGCAUCGCAAUAGACGAGCGAUUUUUGGCUGCUUUCGCAGGUGCGAACGUAAAAGAUAUCGUCACAACCUCCCACCGGAUCGAAUCUGCUCUUGUAUCGCUCCCAUCUCCCUCUAGUAGUACCGUCGAACAGAACGAGUACCGAGUAAAGCUUUCUGAGCAACGCGACAAACUGGCCCGAAUAGAAAACACCAUGUACAAGAUCUUUACGGAUGCAGAGGACAGGUUGAGAAUGCAUGAGAAAGUAGAUGAUCAAUAG